GUCGUUACCUCGCUCAUGAACACUAGUGACGUUGCAGCCAGUGUGCGCGUUCUCGUGGAGCUUUUCCGGUGGCGUUUCCUGUGUUUGUAAACUGACCUGGGCUGGAAUAAAAGAGCGAAAUUGAGCAGUAUUAAGAAAAGACAUUGCUGCCCCAUGAUAGAGUCCGGUGAGACUUGUGUGACACUUGGUCCGAACUGACGUCUCAUCUCCACAUCUCGCCUGUCUCUCAACCGCUGUCUGCCACCAUGUCACACAUACCCGGCAGCUCGGUCCGGGACCACAUGAAAUGGGCAGGGCUGUUAGGUUGUGAAGCGGUGUUGUCCAGCAUGGCUCUGAUGCAGGCCAGUUCCAUGGCAGCUCCUAAGAAAAUGAUGUCUCCGCUGGGUCCAGCUUCAGGACACGGAUCCGCCCAGAGCGUACAGGACCGCGGGACGCAAGGACACAUGCUCUUACCAGCGGGCAUGACCUGUCCUCCACUGCUUCUGCGGAAGGAGGGUGAUUUUACAGCUCCUCGAAUGCUGGACGAGAAGGAAAUGAGACCCAAUGAAGACAUGCAGCUGAAGAAAAAGAACAGGAAGUCGGGAACACCCUCAAAAGUGAGAGAGCAGGACGGGCAGGCGGGGAAGGCGGUUGUGGAUGAAAAUGGAAAUUGUCCACUUUCAAAAGUCCAGAAGAACUUUAUCUGUGAUCACUGCUACGGGGCCUUCAGGAGUGGAUACCACCUGAAGAGACACAUUCUCAUCCACACUGGAGAAAAGCCGUUUGCUUGUGCCGUGUGUGACAUGAGAUUUAUUCAGCGUUACCACUUGGAGCGACACAGCCUCACUCACACUGGAGUGAAGCCAUAUGCUUGUUCCAUGUGUGACAUGCGGUUUUUCCAACGUUACCACUUGGAGAGGCACAGCCUCACUCACACUGGUGUCAAACCAUAUGCUUGCACCAUGUGUGACAUGAGAUUUUUCCAAAGAUACCACCUUCAGCGACACAGCCUCAUUCAUACGGGGGUGAAGCCGUAUGCUUGCUCCAUGUGUGACAGGCGUUUUUUCCAACGUUACCACCUGCAGAGACACAGCCUCACUCACACGGGGGUGAAGCCGUUUGCUUGUUCCAUGUGUGACAUGAGGUUUUUUCAGCGUUACCACCUGCAGAGACACAGCCUCACCCAUACGGGGGUGAAGCCAUUUGCGUGCACAAUGUGCCCCAUGAUGUUUUUUCAGCGUUGUCAUCUCCAACGACACUGUCUCACCCACACGGGGGUGAAGCCAUUUGCUUGCACAAUGUGUGAUAUGAGGUUUUUCCAACGCUACCAUCUCCAGAGACACACCAUCACCCAUACGGGGGUGAAGCCGUAUGCUUGUUCCAUGUGUGACAUGCGUUUUUUCCACCGUUACCAUCUGCAGAGACACAGCCUCACUCACACGGGGGUGAAGCCUUAUGCUUGCACCAUGUGUGACAUGCGUUUUUUCCAACGUUACCAUCUACAGAGACACAGCCUCACCCAUACGGGGGUGAAGCCGUAUGCUUGCUCGAUGUGCGACAUGCGGUUUUUUCAGCGUUACCACCUGCAGAGACACAGCCUCACUCACACGGGGGUGAAGCCAUAUGCUUGUUCGAUGUGCGACAUGCGGUUUUUCCAACGUUACCACUUGGAAAGACACAGCCUCACUCACACUGGUGAAGGAGUGAUUCACUAUGCAGGCUCAACUGGAAGUGCCAGCCCCAGCCCAGGAAGCCCAUCCAGUGGGUACCAGACCCAGUCCCCAUCCUCCCAGCCCUCAUCCCCCGAGGAGGUCUCCUUCACUGAUCUUGGUGCCCCUAAAAAAUACUCAGCUGGAAGCAGUGGCAAUUCUGUAAGGGGCAACAAACUGGUUUUCCAAUUUCCAGAAGUAAGCAGUGCUUCCUCUGUCAACACCGUUACACCGACCUUAACGUCAUCAGGGCAAAACUCCUACUCUCACCCAAUGGUUGGCAGGCGACCCAUUGGAUUCACGGGUACCUUUACUAAAACCGGAGGUAUGGUGUUGCUUUGCAAAGUAUGUGGAGAUAUUGCAUCAGGAUUUCACUAUGGUGUCCAUGCAUGUGAAGGAUGCAAGGGUUUCUUCCGCCGCAGUAUCCAGCAGAACAUCAAUUAUAAGAUGUGUGUGAAGAAUGAAAACUGUCUGAUCAUGAGGAUGAAUCGCAAUCGCUGUCAGCACUGUCGCUUUAAGAAGUGCCUCUCUGUCGGCAUGUCCAGAGAUGCUGUGCGAUUCGGACGCAUUCCGAAGCGCGAGAAACAACGUCUACUGGACGAAAUGCAGAGUUACAUGAACAGCCUUAAUGAAUCGGCGUCCAUGGACAUCAACUGUUCUUCACCCACCGAGACCCCUACCAGCCCUGGAGACGGCCAAUCAGAAGAGGGCAUCGGUGCGAUCUCGCAAGCUUAUCGAAACAUCUUUGUGAACGGGGAGAAGGUGUUAGUGAAGAUUGACGAUGACAAUAACAACAGUCCUUCUUCCUUCCGUCAUAAUCCAAUACAAGAGUCCGGUUACACCCAGUCUCAUCCUCAGCCAAGCGUCUCACCGCGAGAACAUCCUGUACAUUCCACAACAAACUGCCUCUCCCAGUCCAGAUGCCCGUUCGCCAGCCACGACAACAAACCAGACAACAGUCACUAUAACUUCCCACAGUCCUCAAGUCCCAGUCAGGGAAGUACACCUUCUCAAAGCUAUCCAUCGAAGCACAACAGUUAUUCCACUCAGACGUCUUGUCCUUGGAGACUGAGUCCUGGUGCUAAAGUUCUGGCAUGUCCUCUCAAUGCAUGUCCCGUCUCCCCAGCCAGUCACUCCAGUCAACAGGUCUGGGAGAGUUUCUCCCAGUGCUUCACUCCGGCUGUUAAAGAAGUGGUGGAGUUUGCCAAGAGUAUUCCCGGGUUUCAGGCACUGAGUCAACAUGAUCAGGUCAUGCUGCUGAAGGCAGGAACCUUUCAGGUUCUAAUGGUGAGGUUCUGCUCGCUCUUUGACGCCAAGGAACGGACUGUAACAUUCCUAAAUGGUCAGACCUACCCGUUGGCGUCGCUGCGAGUGCUUGGCAUGGGCAGUCUUCUGGACGCCAUGUUUGAGUUCAGUGAGAAGCUGGGGAACAUGGGUCUGGAGGCCGACGAGAUGGGUCUCUUCAUGGCUGUGGUGCUGGUUUCUGCAGAUCGCUCAGGUAUCUCAGACGUGGGGGCCGUCGAGCAGCUCCAGGAGGAUUUGAUCGGCGCUCUCCGAGCUCUCAUCACUCGCAGGAGGCCAGAAGACAGCACACUCUUCCCCAAACUCCUGCUGCGUCUGCCAGACCUCAGGACACUCAACAACCAGCACUCGGAGAAACUCCUCGCCUUCCACAUCGACCCCUGAGGCGCACGCCAGACCCAAAACACAGAUUCAGGGUGCUCUUCUGUACAAACAAGCCAUGCAUAAUUCAGGACGACACAUCUGACUCGCACUUACACAGACUCGCU